AUGGUCUUCUUUACUUGCAACCACUGCGGUGAAUCGGUGAAGAAACCAUCUGUGGAGAAACAUUACAACACCAAGUGUCGGAACCGUGUCAAAAAUGUCUCCUGUAUGGAUUGCCAGAAAGAUUUCCAUGCCGAAGAGUAUGUGGCCCACACAAAAUGCAUUACAGAAUUGGAAAAAUAUUCCGGCAAGAAUUUUGUGCCACGUGAAUCGCUAAAUAGUGGACAAAAGAAACAAGAUACCUGGAUGGAUAUUGUUCGGUCCAUUUUGAAUUCCCAAGAAUAUGACCUGUCACCUCAGACCCGUAAUAUUUUCCAAAGACUACAGAGUUACGAUAAUGUACCACGUAAGAAGGCAAAAUUCCAAAACUUUGUGGCCAAUUGUCUGCGGGUGCCGGGCAAACAAGCUGAGCCUGUAUGGGCUGUGUUGGAAAAGGAAUUGGAAAAUAUGAAAAAAGCCAAGCAGGAAGAAAUGGCUGCUGCUAAGAAAGCUCAGGAGGAGGCGAAAAAGGCAAAGGAGGAAGCUAAACCCCAACAAAAUGGUGUUAAACGCAAGGCGGAGGAGGCUGAGCAGACGAAUGGUGACGACAAUGUUGAGAAAAAGAAGAAAAAGAAAAAGGCUGAUACCACCACGGAACAGGUGGAAGAAGUGGCGACGGAAAAUGGUAAUGCCGAGACAAUAGAAGAAAGUGAAGAAUUCCAAUGGUCAACUGUGCUAGAGAAACUUGUAGCCAAAAAUCCCGAAGGAAUUUCUUUGGAAAAACUUAAAAAGAAACUGCUUAAGAAAUACAAAUCCAAAUUAGCCCUAGAAGAAUUAACGGAAAAACAACAAAAGAAGUUUGAAAAGAAAUUCUCCAAAACCCUAAAGAAAUGUCCAGCUAUACAAGUCGAAAAUGAAGUGGCCAAACCAUGCUAACACCACA